GUUCAAAAUAAAAGAAAAAAAUGGAAUUGUCUGUUCCUCUUUCUGCCGUUCCGGUUGCACAGAAUCGUGUGGCUCCGGAGAUCACCCGCCGCUCGGCCAAUUUCCAUCCUACUGUCUGGGGAGAUCAUUUCCUCGCAUAUGCUUCUUCCCAAGUUCUGGACGCGAAGGCACAGCAGCAACACAAGCAGCUGAGAGAUGAGCUCAGGAAGACACUGUCCAGAGCUGCUUCUGCCGACUUGAUCGAUGCCAUCCAACGCCUCGGCGUGGCUUACCAUUUCGAGAGCGAGAUCGAGGCAGCAUUGCAGCGCAUGCACCGGACCUGGCAUCAUCAACGGCUCGGUGACGCCGGCGAUAGUGUUUACGGCACUGCUCUCACUUUCCGGCUACUCAGACAACACGGGUUUCCUGUGUCUUCUGAUGUGUUCAAGGAACUGAAGGGAAGAGACGGCCAGUUUAAGGAAUUCUUAACAAGAGACGUGGAGGCACUGCUAAGCUUGCACGAGGCUGCGCAUCUCAGGGUGAGGGGGGAAGACGUCUUGGAUGAGCUAGUCGCCUUCACCACUGCCCAUUUGGAGUCUUCCCUACCGGACCUAGGCGAUGCUCAUGCCGGCAAGGUGAUACAUGCUCUAAACCAGCCCAUCCGGACGGGCCUGACAAGGGUAGAGGCAAGGAGCUAUAUCUCUUUGUUUGAGCCAAAAGGCCAUGAUGAUACACUCCUCCUGGACUUUGCCAAGUUAGAUUUCAACCUGUUGCAGAAGCUACACCAAAAAGAGCUCAGUGAGAUCACAAGGUGGUGGAAAGAUUUAGAUGUGCAAAAAAAGCUGCCGUUUGCAAAAGAUAGACUAGUGGAGGGCUACUUUUGGAUAAUGGGAGUGUAUUUCGAACCCCAAUAUGAGCUUGGUAGAAAGAUGCUAAUCAAAGUGGGUGUUAUGAUCUCUAUUAUAGACGACGUAUACGACGCUUAUGGCACUUUGGAAGAACUUGCCCUCUUCACUGAUGCAAUUGAAAAGUGGCAUGUUAGCGCUACACAUCAACUUCCAGAGUACAUGAGGCCGUGUUACGAAGCAUUGCUUGAUGUUUACGACAUGAUUGAGGAGGAGAUGGCCAAGCAAGGGAGGUCUUAUGCCGUCGACUAUGCAAAAUCAACCAUGAAGAAGCUGGUGAGGGCCAACUUUGAGGAUGCCAAAUGGUUCCACCGAGGCUACACUCCAUCCAUGGAAGAGUACAUGCAAGUGGCGCUCAUAACCUGUGGUUAUGAGAUACUUUCAACCAAUUCAUUUGUUGGGAUGGGUGAUUUGGCCACCCAAGAGGCCUUUGAUUGGGUGUCAGGUUGCCCUUUAAUUGUUAGGGCUUCCUCUGUUAUAUGUCGGCUCGCGAAUGACAUUGUUGGCCAUAAGUUUGAGCAAGAGAGAGGGCAUGUAGCCUCUGCAGUGGAAUGCUACAUGGAACAAUAUAGAGCAUCAGAGGAAGAGGCAGUGGUGGAACUUAAGAAGCAAGUUGGAGAAGCAUGGAAGGACAUUAAUGCAGAGAUGUUGCAACCAACUAAAGUGGCAAUGCCUCUGCUUGUACGAGUCCUCAACCUUGCCAGGGUGAUAAACGUUAUGUACUCGCAUGGAGAUGGCUACACUCAUUCUGUCACCAACGUCAAAGAUAUUAUCACCUCCUUGUUUGUUCAAGCUGUCCCAACAUAAGCCCUGUUGUUCUCAACUAAGCAGUGUCUACGCAUUAUUGUUGCAAAAUAACGUGGAAACAAUGUUUCCAAAUGAAUGUUUUUAUAAGGUUACGUUUGUAUUCAUUCAUCCCUGCAUAUAUUGAUGAUGCUUAAGGACGGAUCACCAAAGUCUGCUUUAAGAUCAAUGCCUACAAGAAAAAGCGAGGCUAGAUCCCCCGAUUUGGCUUUCUGAUGCUCAAUUUACUGUGAAGCACCAGCAAGUAAGAAACAAGAAAGUUAGAAGGUUUGUACUUGU